GGCAGAAAUCGGGGGGCCCAUGGCCGGGCGGGGAGACAGAACUUUAAGGGGAGCAAAAUAUCUGCUCCAAGCUACACAGCCCAGGGGACUCUGGGGGAAUGAGGCCACCUCCUCCGACUCCCGGAUGCAGAUUUCCACUUGCAGUCCUGGGAGACACGAGUUCCAAUCCCAAAUCCACAAAGCCAAACGAUCGAUGUGGCCUCCGCUGCGGGGGACAGAGGAAGACAGAGAAGGACGGGGCGGCGGGGCCUCCGGCAGCAGCGACGCUCCGCGGGGCAGCAGGAGCAGAGACGAGCCCGGCCGCCCAGCGGACCCCCUCCGGCCUCCGCGGCUUCGCUUUCCGAACAGACGCGCCCGGCGGCGAGGGGCCUCGCAGAUAGAAGAUCCAAAACUCAGAGUGGGAGGAGUCUGGCCUGAGGACACAGAAGUGACAGAGCUGAGGACACGACCCUUACUUAUCCUGACCAGCUUAACUCCAAGCCUAGGGCCAUGGUGAGCGAGUCCCCGGGGCCCGGCGCCCGCGUGCCCUGGCGGCGGAGCGACGAGGCGCUGCGCGUGAACGUGGGCGGCUUGCGGCGGCGGCUGAGCGCACGGGCACUGGCGCGCUUCCCGGGCACGCGGCUGGGCCGCCUGCAGGCGGCGGCAUCCGAGGAGCAGGCGCGGCGCCUGUGCGACGACUACGACGCGGCGGCGCGCGAGUUCUACUUCGACCGGCACCCGGGCUUCUUCCUGGGCCUGCUGCACUUCUACCGCACCGGCCGCCUGCACGUGCUCGACGAGCUGUGCGUCUUCGCCUUCGGUCAGGAGGCCGACUACUGGGGCCUGGGCGAGAGCGCGCUGGCCGCCUGCUGUCGCGCGCGCUACCUGGAGCGGUGCGUGGCGCGGCCGCGCGACUGGGACGAGGACAGCGACACGCCGAGCAGCGUGGACCCGUGCCCCGACGAGAUCUCCGACGUGCAGCGCGAGCUGGCGCGCUACGGGGCCGCGCGCUGCGGCCGCCUGCGCCGCCGCCUGUGGCUCACCAUGGAGAAUCCCGGCUACUCCCUGCCCAGCAAGCUCUUCAGCUGCGUCUCCAUCGGCGUGGUGCUGGCCUCCAUCGCCGCCAUGUGCAUCCACAGCCUGCCCGAGUACCAGGCCCGCGAGGCGGCGGCCGCCGUGGCCGCGGUGGCCGCGGGUCAGGGCCCGGAUGGCGUGCGCGACGACCCGGUGCUGCGGCACCUCGAGUACUUCUGCAUCGCCUGGUUCAGCUUCGAGGUGUCGUCGCGGCUGCUGCUGGCGCCCAGCACGCGCAACUUCUUCUGCCACCCGCUCAACCUCAUUGACAUCGUGUCGGUGCUGCCCUUCUAUCUCACGCUGCUGGCCGGCGUGGCACUCGGCAACCAGCGCGGCGCGAGCGGCGAGGACCUCGGUGACCUGGGCAAGGUGGUGCAGGUGUUCCGCCUCAUGCGCAUCUUCCGCGUGCUCAAGCUGGCGCGCCACUCCACCGGGCUGCGCUCGCUGGGCGCCACGCUCAAGCACAGUUACCGCGAGGUGGGCAUCUUACUGCUGUAUCUGGCCGUGGGGGUGUCCGUGUUCUCCGGUGUAGCCUACACAGCUGAGAAGGAGGAGGACGUGGGCUUCGACACCAUCCCCGCCUGCUGGUGGUGGGGCACGGUGAGCAUGACCACCGUGGGCUACGGGGACGUGGUUCCCGUGACAGUGGCUGGCAAGCUGGCAGCCUCAGGCUGCAUCCUGGGGGGCAUCCUGGUGGUGGCGCUCCCCAUCACCAUCAUCUUCAACAAGUUCUCUCACUUCUACCGCCGCCAGAAGGCUCUGGAGGCCGCCGUGCGCAACAGCGACCCCCGGGAGUUUGAGGACUUGCAGAGCAGUGUCGACGGGGUGUCCGAGGUGUCUCUGGAGACGUCCCGUGAGACCUCCCAGGAGGGAAGGUCUACAGACCUAGAGGCCCAGGCCCCCCGUGGGCCAACAGACUCUCAGGUUUGCUAGAGCCAAGGCUGAGUGUCCCCCGUCCCACGCCCUACAGUCAGCUGAACCAGCAGUGAUCCCUCCCUGCUUAUGGCAUCGUGGCGGCCUGAUGGCUCAGGGCUGCUCACCCACCGUGAGGAGUGACUCCUAGAAGCCAGCUCCGUUCCUCCCAAAGGCCCGGGCCAGGAUCGUGUUGCCCUGGGUUCUUGAGCCUGGAGAACAGCCCAGAGAGCCCCAUGCCUGGACCUCGCAGCUCCCCGUGAAGCAGGCAUGCGCCAAAGAGAAAGCUGGAAGGCUGCUGGCGGUUCCUGAGCACCUACCGCCCAUCGGCCCUAGCCUACUUGGCCCCGUGUCAGAGAAUGACGACACUGACGCCCAGCCAGGUGUCAGGGCUUACCCAAGUGUCCCUGAACUAGUGGUGGUGGAGCCAAGCUUGGACUCCAGGCUCACUGCUCUGCCAAGACCAAUGUUCCUCGCACGCCAUCUUUCCUCUGCCCUCAUGGAGUUUGCAUGUCCUUCUCCAGGGUCCACGGAUCUCCAGAGUUGAUUCGUCGGGCUGAAACCCUCUGUCCGGGCUAGGGGAAGGACCAGACCGGGGAUUCCGAUGGAGGAGUGCUGCCCCUCAGCUGUGGUUCUCUUCCAGGAGCUUCCAAGGAGAGUCAGCUCUCAAAGAUGAGGGCUGGGAGGAAGGGGGAGGAGCGGCCUCCUUAGCUGGCGGGUAAGCUUUGUCCCGCAGUGUCCUGCAGCUUCCUCCAGGGCAGGCUUGAGGUGCAGAUUCUGAGGGCAUCCUGGCCUGUCCCAUCCUAGGACGUGAUGUGUGAAGAGGACACCCCCCCCCCCCACCCUCAGACCUUGGCCCAUCUGUCCGGUGGUCACAGUCCGUGCCCCAGAGGAAAGUGAAAGGCAGUGGGCGGGGGUCACGGGCGUAAAGCCAGCUCAGCUCUGAAGUGUUGGCGGCAAGGGGCUGCUAUGCAGGGACGCCUGUGACCCCCGGGCUCCCCCAGACUGACUUUGGCAUCUCUCUUCUUCCCACCGCGCAGGCUCCAGCCCUGCCUUGACUUACCACCCAGGGUAACUCCUGAGACUUCCUCCCCUUUUAGCCAGCUCCAGCCCCCUCAUCCCUGCGGGGGGCAUCGUACGCUCACCUGCUGAAUCCUCGCUACUUGCUGAGAAAUUUGGGAGGGAAGGCUUCCCCAGCCCCGUUCACAUCCUGUUCCUAAAACACCCAUUUGCAUCCCGUCGUCACCUGGCCGCGCGCGUCUGUGCCGCUGUGCAGAGCUUCAACAUGGAAGACAGUAUCUGCUUGAACCCAGGCUCGUGAGGGGAAGGUAUUCCCUGAAACACUACUCACAGAUCAGCUGGUUCGUAUAGCACACGGUGUGCCGGGCCUGGUGAGGAAGGGGGAAUGACCAGACAGAGGUCUUGCCCUUGAGGAGGUGUAGACAAGACUGAACAGAAGACUCUUCCAGUUCUUUCGACCCUUCCCUCCUUAUUUUAUUCAUUCAGCAAAUAUCUUUUGGAAGAUUCACAAGCUGGGGCUUCCCCCUGUGGCCUGCAGAUGUGUUUUAUUUAGCUGAACAGUGUCUCUCUCUAUAUAUUUUUGUUGUUGUUGUUGUUGUUUUAAGAUUUUAUUUUAAAAUAAUCUCUACACCCAACGUGGGGCUUUGAACUCACAACCCUGAGAUCAAGAGUCACACGUUCUACUGACAGAGCCAGGCAGGGGCCCCUUAGUAUAUUUUUUUAAUUCAAAUGCCUUUCGGUGAGGCACAUUCUCUCCAUUUCCCAUAGUGUGCCCCCGAGAUACACACACACACACACACACACACACACACACACACCCCACCACCACCAGUUCUCAGAUAGUCUUGACACACGUGCCUCUGAUUCACGGACUGCUCACUAAGUUCACAAGCUACAGUGGGGAACAAAAUACAGAUCUCUAUAUCUGUGAGGCUUACAGAUGAGGAAGGGAGGUGGAUUUAAAUCCAGUGAUCCCAUGAAUAUGUAAUAGUGAGCUGUACUAGGUGCAGGGAGCCAGAAGCACAUCACGUAGCGGGGACCAUGAACGGGGGUCAGAGAAGACUUUCUCGAGGGCAGGGCACAAAAGUCUCGAAGACUUUCUCGGAGACUUUCUCAAUUUCAGCGGCCACCACACAGGUGAACAGUUAAUUACGCAAUAGGGGCCCCGGGAAGCAUUUUCAGGCAGAGGGCACGGCAUGUGCAGGCCCCUGUGUGCAGAGGAAUCUGAGUCUCUCCACACUGAGCAGAGGCUGGAGCCGAGGGGCCGCUCGGGACUCCCCGUGUACACACCGGCCCUCCCGCACGCUCCCCGUGUAACGUCCCGGCCCUGCUCCGCCCAGGUCGGGGCACUGAGUGGGGAUGGCUACCCCCCAUACCACCCUUGCCGAACGGCUGAACAACAUACCAAGGAGCCAGAGAGCUUCCAGACUUUCUGACCCCACAGACAAGGCUCUGAAGCUAGUGGAGGGCGAGCUCAGGUGAGAGUCACCUGGUCUGCAUCCCUCACCAGGUCAUGGGCUGUCCUGGCAGCAAAGCCACCACUCGCUCCCACUCCCAGGUGUGGAAGAAAACUGUUAUGCAGCUAAAGAGGCUGUUUCUGGUUGUACCAGAGCUGGCUGCCGGGUGGGCUUUCCCGGUGAACAGGGAGGGUGAGGGAUACGUAGAGGGACUCCGAGUCCGCAUUCUCUUGGUCCAGCGGUGGGUUUGGCACAGGUUGGGAGGGAGAGGAAUCCAGCUGGAACUAACCGGGUCAAAAGGAGUAAUUCAUUAGAUGACUGAAGUGACGAGCAACUGCUACCAUGAGGUCUUUGGUUACAAGCAAGAGAAGGGGACUCUGGGACCCCUGGGUGGCGCAGCUCUUGGACGUCCUACUCUUGGUUUCAGCUCAGGUCAUGAUGUCAGAGUCGUGAGAUGGAGCCCUGUGUUGGGCUCUGGGCUCAGUGAAGAGUCUCCUGAGGUUUCUGUCUCCCUGUCCCUCUCCCCCUCCCCCUGCUUGUGCUCUCACUCUGUCUCUCUAAA